AUGGGUGGACUGAAAAGUCCAAUCGGUCGAUUUUUACCAGUAUGUUUCAUGUGCCUAAUCUUCUUUGUUGUCUACACGAUUUACGUGGAGUUCGUCUGUAUACCCCUUUUCCAACUGGAUGUGGAUGAGCAAUACCGCCUUUUCAAUAAACAAAAAGAGGGGUAUCGGCAACUGGUUUACUUUCACGUGCUAGCGUUAUUGCUUGUGUGGUCCUUCGUUAUGACCGCAGUUACGGACCCCGGCUACAUAACUGACGCAUGGAAAGAAGACGAGACUUCUAUAUAUAGCUGCAAGGAGCGCGGAGAAAAUGGCACGUAUGCGUCAUUACGCGAAUUUAGAUACUGUAAGAAAGAGGGUUGCUACAAACCUGACCGAGCACACUACUGCCGUCAACUUAGGCGAAAUGUGCUGAAAAUGGAUCACUAUUGUCCUUGGGUUGCCAAUUGCAUAGGAUUCUAUAACUACAAAUUCUUUUUUUUGACACUGUUGUAUUCCAACACCACGUGCUGUUACAUACUAAGGAACGUGUACAACGAGUUUAUUAAAUUGUACUUCGAUCCGAAUUCCCCCUUCAACAAGCUUUUUUACCUAUCAUUGAUUACGAUAUUGAUGCUCGUAAUAAUUGGGGUCGUGCUCCCGUUCAUGUGCUUUCAUAUCUGGCUCAUAUUGAGUAACAAGACUACAAUCGAAUUCUGCGAAUUUCAGGCUUCUGGCACGUACAACUACAACCUUGGAGCACUUGAAAAUUUCAAAAGCGUUUUCGGUUCCAACGCGUUAUACUGGUUUCUUCCCUGCGGUUACCCGGCUGGUGACGGACUACACUUCCCGGGUAUGUUCCGCUGUCUUUCACUUAUGAGCGUGUAG